AUGCCUGAAAAUCCUGCUACAGAUAAACUGCAGGUCCUGCAAGUUCUUGAUCGCUUGAAAAUGAAAUUGCAGGAGAAGGGUGACACUUCGCAGAAUGAAAAGCUCUCUCUGUUUUAUGAGACACUAAAGAGCCCCCUUUUCAACCAGAUACUCACACUUCAACAGUCCAUCAAGCAACUGAAGGGGCAACUCAGCCAUAUACCCUCAGAUUGUUCAGCCAACUUUGAUUUUUCUAGGAAAGGGUUAUUGGUGUUCACGGAUGGUGCCAUUACUAAUGGGAAUGCCCACAGGUCCUCUAAUAACUUGACUGUAUCUGGGUUAUUUUCUUGGACUCCAAAGUCAGGAAAUGAAGAUUUUAACUCACUCAUACAACAGAUGGCCCAGGGCCGACAAAUCGAAUACAUAGAUAUAGAACGGCCCUCAACUGGAGGCCUUGGAUUCAGUGUGGUGGCCCUUAGAGGUCAAAAUCUGGGAGAAGUCAACAUCUUCGUGAAGGAAGUGCAGCCGGGGAGUAUAGUUGGCAGGGAUCAAAGGUUAAGGGAAAAUGAUCAAAUAUUGGCUAUUAAUCACACGCCACUGGAUCAGAACAUUUCCCCCCAGCAAGCAAUUGCAUUGUUACAAGAAACCACUGGAUCUUUGUGUCUAGUCGUGGCCAGGGAGCCAGUCCACACAAAAAGCAGCAUUUCUACCAGCCUACCUGAUGCAAAUCUGCCUGACACAAUUCAUUGGGGCCAUAUUGAAGAUGUUGAGCUCAUUAAUGAUGGCUCUGGAUUAGGUUUUGGAAUUGUUGGGGGAAAAUCAAGUGGUGUUGUUGUAAGAACUAUAGUUCCUGGAGGAUUAGCAGAUCGAGAUGGAAGACUCAAAACAGGGGAUCACAUCUUGAAGAUUGGUGGCACAAAUGUGCAGGGAAUGACCAGUGAACAAGUUGCGCAAGUGCUGAGGAACUGUGGGAAUUCUGUCAGGAUGCUUGUUGCAAGAGACCCAGUUGGUGAUAUUUCCAUAACCCCUCCUACUCCUGCAGCCUUGCCUGUUGCUUUGCCUGCUGUGGCCAGCAGGAGCCCUAGUUCUGACAAUUCUACUCUUUUUGAAACUUAUGAUGUUGAACUCAUUAAAAAAGAUGGACAAAGUCUUGGGAUUAGAAUUGUUGGUUAUGUUGGAACAUCUCAGACAGGAGAAGCUUCAGGGAUUUAUGUGAAAAGUAUAAUACCUGGCAGUGCUGCAUAUCACAAUGGUCAGAUUCAAGUGAAUGACCAGAUAGUUGCUGUUGACGGUGUGAAUAUUCAGGGUUUUGCCAACCAGGAUGUUGUUGAAGUGUUACGAAAUGCAGGACAAGUGGUACACCUAACCCUAGUUCGAAGGAAAACAUCCUUGUCUGCUUCUUUAUGUGAAGGGCCCUCAGACAGAGGAACUGUGGUAGAACCACCAAAAACACCAGCCCUGUUUCUGACUGGAGCAGUGGAAACGGAAACUAAUUUGGAUGAAGAGGAGAAAACUGAAGAAAGAAUGGAGGAUCUAAAAAAUGACAACAUGCAAGCCUUAGAAAAACUGGAAAAAGCCCCAGACUCUCCAGAAAAUGAGCUGAAAUCCAGAUGGGAAAACGUACUGGGCCCUGAUUAUGAAGUAAUGGUUGCCACUUUGGAUACACAGAUUGCUGAUGAUGCUGAAUUACAGAAAUAUUCGAAGCUGCUGCCCAUUCACACUCUGAGGCUUGGCAUGGAAGUGGAUUCCUUUGAUGGGCACCAUUAUAUCUCUUCGAUUGCUCCAGGUGGUCCUCUUGAUACACUGAACCUCCUACAGCCAGAGGAUGAACUUCUUGAGGUCAAUGGCGUGCAGCUCUAUGGGAAAUCUCGCCGAGAAGCAGUCUCCUUUCUUAAAGAAGUGCCACCCCCCUUUACCUUGGUUUGUUGUCGACGGUUGUUUGAUGAUGAAGCCUCUGUAGAUGAACCAAGGACCACUGAAGUCUCCCCUCCUGAAGUGAAGGCUGAACACAAUGUAGAUGUCAAUACUGAAGAAGAUGAUGAUGGGGAAUUAGCACUGUGGUCUUCUGAAGUCAAGAUUGUUGAACUAAUGAAAGAUCAUAAAGGCUUGGGAUUCAGCAUUUUGGAUUACCAGGACCCCUUAGAUCCCACCAGAUCAGUGAUUGUGAUCCGCUCCCUGGUGCCGAAUGGUGUGGCAGAAAGAGGCGGAGAACUGUUACCUGGUGACCGUCUGGUCUCAGUCAACCAGUACUGUUUGGAUAACGUCACACUUGCUGAAGCUGUGGAAGUGUUGAAAGCUGUGCCGCCAGGCACUGUACGCCUUGGCAUCUGUAAACCUUUGGUGGAAGGUGAUAAAGAGGAAGAAAGUCGCAUUUUACUUUCAAGCAAUAAUGAAGACAAGACUGAAAUUUCAGGAAUAAUUCAUGAUAUAAAUUCAUCUUUAAUACUUGAAGCACCCCAGGGAUUUAGAGAUGAGCCCUAUUUUAAAGAAGAGCUUGUGGAUGAGCCAUUUCUAGAUUUGGGAAAGGCUUUCCAGUCCCAACAAAAAGAGAUAGACAAUAGCAAGGAGGCCUGGGAAAUGCAUGAAUUUAUGGUCCCUAGGUUGCAAGAGAUGGGUGAAGAAAGAGAAAUGCUUGUUGAUGAAGAAUAUGAGCUCUAUCAAGACCAACUUCAGUCCCUGGAGUCGUAUCCCUCAUCACACAUUCAAGAGGCUGCUCCUGUUCCGUCCAUGGAGGAGGUUCACUUUGGUACACAGUGGUUCCCGGAUCGUGAACUGCCCGAGCCUCAAGAAGCAGGACACAUGAUGAGCAUGUACCCUCAGGACAUGCAACAGUGCGGCUGUAGCCCAGAAGAGAUGAUGAAAGAGAACUUUGGCAUCGAUUCCCUCUCCAUACCCUCAGCUGAAGGAAACACUCAACAAGGCAGAUUUGAUGAUCUGGAAAAUCUUAAUUCAUUAACAAAGAGUAGUCUGGAUUUAGGCAUGAUGAUUCCAAAUGAUGUGCAGGGUCCUGGCUUGCUUGUUGAACUUCCUGUUGUGGCUCAGAGAAGGGAGCAAGAAGAUUUGCCUCUAUAUCAACUCUCCAGGACUCAAGCUGUUUCCAAGGUUUCAGCAUAUGCAGGAAUGUUGUCUUCUAGAUAUACCACUGAUGCAUGUGAAUUACCUGAGAGAGAAGAAGGUGAAGGAGAAGAAACUCCAAACUUCAGCCAUUGGGGACCACCAAGAAUCGUUGAGAUUUUUAGAGAACCAGAUGUAUCUCUUGGUAUUAGUAUUGUUGGCGGACAAACUGUCAUAAAACGUUUAAAGAAUGGAGAGGAGCUUAAAGGAAUAUUUAUUAAACAAGUUUUGGAAGACAGUCCAGCAGGAAAAACAAAUGCUCUUAAAACUGGGGAUAAAAUACUUGAGGUGUCUGGAGUAGAUUUGCAGAAUGCUUCGCACAGAGAAGCAGUUGAGGCCAUUAAGAAUGCAGGAAACCCUGUGGUGUUCGUAGUUCAGAGCUUGUCAUCGACUCCAAGAGUCAUACCUACUGUGCAUAACAAGGCCAAGAAAAUCACUAAUAACCAGGACCAAGACACCCAAGACAAAAAAGAAAAGAGGCGAGGAACUGCUCCACCACCAAUGAAACUGCCACCUCCUUAUAGAGCUCUGUCUGAUGACAGUGGUGAAUCUGAAGAAGAAUGUGCAUUUACCAACAAAAAAAUCAGGCAAAGAUAUGCAGACCUGCCUGGAGAACUCCACAUUAUUGAACUUGAAAAGGAUAAGAAUGGACUUGGACUCAGCCUCGCUGGUAACAAAGACAGGUCACGCAUGAGCAUAUUUGUGGUGGGAAUUAACCCUGAGGGACCUGCUGCCAUGGAUGGACGAAUGCGUAUUGGAGAUGAACUGUUAGAGAUAAACAAUCAGAUUCUAUAUGGAAGAAGUCACCAAAAUGCAUCCGCCAUUAUUAAGACUGCCCCGCCAAAGGUCAAGCUGGUUUUCAUCAGAAAUGAAGAUGCAGUCAAUCAGAUGGCUGUUACUCCCUUUCCAUUACCAUCAAGUUCCCCAACUUCUGUUGAGGAUCAGAGCGGCACUGAACUGGUUAGUGAUGAGGAAGACUCCAGUCUCGAAGUUGGUCUUAAACAAUCUCCUGAAAGUGAAAGCUCCAAACUGGAAGACAUCUCCCAGGUGGUUGGUCAAGGUGUGGUGGCAGGUCAGCAAAAGGCACUGGAAUGUCCAGCUGACAAUGCCGGCAGCCAGAUGAAACAGCAAAAAUACUCAAUGAAAAUCUCCUUCAGUUCACAAGAGAUACCUUUAGCACCAACUUCAUAUCAUUCAACAGAUGCAGACUUCACAGGCUAUGGUGGGUUCCAGGCUCCUCUGUCAGUGGACCCCGCCACAUGUCCCAUCAUUCCUGGCCAGGAAAUGAUUAUAGAAAUAUCCAAAGGGCGUUCGGGGCUUGGUCUCAGCAUUGUGGGAGGAAAAGACACACCCUUGGAUGCUAUAGUUAUACAUGAAGUCUAUGAAGAAGGGGCAGCAGCCCGAGAUGGAAGACUUUGGGCUGGUGACCAGAUAUUAGAGGUUAAUGGGAUUGACCUGCGGAGUGCCAGCCACGAAGAAGCCAUCACAGCCCUGAGGCAGACCCCUCAGAAGGUGCGACUGGUGGUGUACAGAGAUGAAGCGCACUACAGGGAUGAAGAAAACUUGGAGAUUUUCCCCGUGGAUCUGCAGAAGAAGGCUGGUCGAGGACUGGGCUUGAGCAUCGUUGGAAAACGAAAUGGAAGUGGAGUGUUUAUUUCUGACAUCGUGAAAGGUGGAGCCGCAGACCUUGAUGGGAGAUUAAUUCAGGGAGAUCAAAUUUUAUCUGUGAAUGGGGAGGACAUGAGAAGUGCUUCCCAGGAGACAGUGGCCACUAUCCUCAAGUGUGCACAGGGGCUUGUGCAGCUUGAGGUUGGAAGACUCCGAGCUGGUUCCUGGGCUUCCUCGAGGAAGACAUCACAGAACAGUCAGGGGAGUCAGCAUAGCACACACAGCGGCUUCCAUCCUUCCCUGGCUCCUGUCAUCACCAGCCUGCAAAACCUGGUUGGCACAAAACGAGCUUCAGAUCCUUCCCCCCAAAAUUCAGGCACAGAUGUGGGACCAAGGACUGUUGAGAUAAUCAGGGAGCCCAGUGAUGCCCUUGGAAUCAGCAUUGCUGGAGGAAAAGGAAGUCCUUUAGGAGAUAUCCCAAUAUUUAUUGCCAUGAUUCAGGCCAGCGGAGUGGCUGCUCGGACACAGAAGCUUAAAGUUGGAGAUCGGAUUGUCAGCAUUAAUGGGCAACCUUUGGAUGGGCUAUCUCACGCAGAUGUGGUUAAUCUGCUGAAGAACGCCUACGGGUGCAUUAUCCUGCAGGUUGUAGCAGAUACCAACGUAAGUGCCAUAGCAACUCAGCUUGAGAACUUGUCUACGGGCUACCACACUGGUUCGCCCACUGCCGAGCAUCAUCUGGAGGACACAGAAACACCUCCACCUAAGAUUAUUACUUUGGAGAAAGGCUCUGAAGGAUUGGGGUUUAGUAUUGUAGGGGGUUUUGGAAGUCCCCAUGGAGACCUGCCAAUUUAUGUCAAGACUAUAUUUGCAAAGGGAGCAGCUGCAGAUGAUGGCCGAUUGAAGCGAGGUGAUCAGAUUUUAGCUGUUAAUGGCGAGACUCUGGAAGGUGUUACACAUGAGGAAGCUGUGGCCAUUCUGAAACGCCAGAGAGGGACUGUAGUCUUAACCGUGCUAUCCUGA